AUGAGUCUGCAAAUAUUUAUGUACAAGGAUAUUCACGGCAGCAACAAAUUAGAAUGGUCAACCAGCCAUCACCAGGAGAUUAAUAAUGUUCUGCAGUUAUCCAGGGGGAUGUUGGUUCCAGGACCCCUGAAGUGCUUUGGAUCAGUUUCCAUCGGUUCUAACUGCUCGUCAGACCCUAGCAGCCAAGAUGGCAAGCAGAUCGACAGCAAGGAUGCUUUUCAGGAAGCCAUGGAUGCCGCAGGUGAUAAACUUGUAGUAGUUGACUUCUCAGCCACGUGGUAUGGGCCUUGCAAAAUGAUCAAGCCUUUUUUUAAUUCCCUCUCUGAAAAAUAUUCCAGUGUGGGAUUCCUUGAAGUAGAUGUGGAUGACUGUCAGGAUGUUGCUUCAGAGUGUGAAGUCAAAUGCAUGCCAACAUUCCAGUUUUUUAAGAAGGGACAAAAGGUGGGUGAAUUUUCUGGAGCCAAUAAGGAAAAGCUUGAAGCCACCAUUAAUGAAUUAGUCUAAUCAUGUUUUCUGAAAACAUAACCAGCAGUGGCUAUUUAAAACUUGUCUUGUUUUUAAUUUACAAAAAAUGUAAAGUAUAAAGAC